AUGUCGUCGCAGGGCGGUGUGCGGGUUCAGUCUCGCAAGCGCAGUCCCAAAGUGAAAACAGGCUGCCGGACAUGCAAAGUACGACACGUCAAGUGUGACGAGACAAAGCCGACAUGCCUCAAGUGUACGAGUACCGGCCGCAAGUGCGAGGGCUAUACAUCAAGCGGCGGUGCCUUCCAAGUCCACAUUUGGAGUUACAGCCAGACACCCGGUCCGCAAAACGCGAUAUCCACCUUAGGCGACCUUGGGGAUAGCGCACGCUUUCUAGAGUUCUAUUACCACUGCGCCCGCCCUGCGCUGUCGACUAGUUUCGACAAGGAAUUUUGGUCGCGCAUCGCAAUUCAGAUGGCGCAUUCGGAGCCUGCUGUGCGUCACGCAUUGGUGGCUCUGGGUGCUCUCUGCCAAACUGAGCCAGGAGAUAUGAAGCAUGCAUGCUCGAGAUUUAUUACAAAUCGCGAUCGUAAGGUCAUGCUGUCACACUACAAUCGAUCUAUCAGAUGCUUAGUCGAUCGCAUGAGGGAGACCACUUACUCGCACGAGCUUGGCCUCGUCAUUUGUCUUCUAUUCGUUUGCAUCGAAUUCCUCCAAGGCAACUAUCACACCGGCCUUACCCAUUUGAACAACGGCUUUAGAUUGAUAGCCGCGCGCCGACGGGGACUAGCAGGGUACCAGAAUCAGUCAGCAGGCAUUGCUUCACCUAGCGGCUCGAGAUCUUCACAGAGUGCGAUUGAAGAGACAGUUGUACCAAUCUUUACCCGCGGCAUGGCGCAAGAUCUGUUGUAUGGAUUCAAGGCUAUACAAGACUUGGAAGUACCAAGUCCAACACCAGCGAUGUACAGUCGUACCCAAUUCCAAAGCCUUUCAGAAGUGCAAAGAGUCUACUUCGAGCUCCGCAACGCAACUAUCAUCCAUCUGUAUAUGAUGGGUCGCAAAGCCAUCUUUCGACAAGAGCCUAGCAACGACGCUUAUAAUGAAAGAGACAAUCUUGUGGCAUGUCAUCGUAUCUGGUAUGAGAAUAUGCGGCGCUUUGAACUCCACCAUAAGCUCUCCGAUGAAGAGAGCAUUGCUGCUAGCGCACUCAAAGCUUCUUACCACACUACCCUUGUCUAUGUCUCAUGCUCAGCAAGCGUUAUAGAGAAAACGUAUGACGCUUACCUGGAUGACUUCAAAGAGAUACUGUACUUUGUCGCAACCCGGUGUCGCUGUCCCACCACUCGGCGAGAAGCAGUAGCACUUCUGGAACGUAAUCCACCCCGCGAAGGUCUUUGGGAUGCGCAGCAACACGUCGUAGUGUCCAAACGAGCGAUCGAAUUGGAAGAAGCUGAAGUUGACCCACGUACCGGCUGGCCGGUCGAGGCGACGAGGCUAUGGAACUGUAUCCCGAAGGCCGGGAUGGACCACAAUGGUGGGUUUUGGGUGGCGUUUAUCCCAGCACGAUGGAUCGGGAUACUUAAUGCGGACGGGACUCAGAAAACCAUGUACGAGUAUUUCGUCCUAUAA